AGUGCGACGAAGGGAGAGGCAGAGCAGCUGACGCACAGACGACAGGCAGACGGGUCAGGCCGGGGGCAGUGUGAGUGAGGGAUACAUGGGACUAAAGAUGAAGAGAGAAGAGGACCCAGCACAGACCAGAGAUCAGGCUUCAGUCCAGGGCGCUGUGUCUCUAAAGAGUGACCACUCCAAAGGAGAACCUCCAGUCUUCAGUCCUGAGCCUGGACCAGCUGCACACUCUCAGUCUGGAUUCAGUGCUGUGUCCUUAAAGAGUGACCGCUCCAAAGGAGAACCUCCAGUCUUCAGUCCUGAGCCUGGACCAGCCGCACAAGUGCACAAGCCUGAGGACAUCAGUGCUGAACCUUCGCUGGAUGCCAUUUUCACAAUUCUACAGAAGGACGUCCUGAGGUUUGUCAAACAGCAGCUCCAAAAGCUCCACAGGCUCCUGGCUUCAGAUUACCCAGAAUACUCUGAGAGAGGGGAAGAGGAGCCGAGCAGAGAGGUUCUGACCAUCACCCUGGACUUCCUGAAGAGGAUGGACCAGGAGCAUCUGGUCCUGAGCCUGAAAAACAAGUUUGCACUGACUGCUCACAGUAAACUGAAGACUCAUGUGAAGCAGAGGUACAGCCGUGUGUUUGAGGGUGUGGCUAAAGCAGGAGACUCCACCCCCCUGACCCAGAUUUACACAGAACUCUACAUCACAGAAGGCGAAGCCUCAUACGUCAACCAGGAACAUGAGGUCAGACACUUGGAGAUCACGUCCAGGAGACCGGCUACUCCAGAGAUCACCAUCACAUGUGAAAAUAUCUUUAAACCCCGCCCACACUCACCAGAGCCAAUCAGAGCAGUGCUGACAAAGGGCGUGGCUGGCGUUGGGAAAACAGUUCUGACUCAGAAGUUCAUUCUGGAUUGGGCUGAAGACAGGGCCCACCAUGACCUCCAGCUGCUGUUUCCGUUCACUUUCAGAGAGCUCAAUGUGCUGAGAGACACACAGUUCAGCCUGGUGGGACUGCUGAACCACUUCUUUACUCUAUCCAAAGAUCUCUGCAGCUUCCAACAGCUACAGGUGCUUUUCAUCUUUGACGGUCUGGACGAGUGCCGACCUCCUCUGGACUUCAGCCAAACCAGAGUUCUGACCGACCCCACAGAGCCUGCUUCAGUGCACGUGCUGCUGGUAAACCUCAUCAGGGGGAGGCUGCUUCCCUCCGCUCGCCUCUGGAUAACCACACGCCCCGCUGCGACCAAUCAGAUCCCUGCUGAGUGCAUCUCCACAGUGACAGAGGUCAGAGGGUUCACAGACCUGCAGAAGGAGCAGUACUUCAGGACGAGGUUCAGAGAUCAGGCCACAGAUGUCAUCUGCUACAUCAAGAGCAUCCACAGCCUCUACAUCAUGAGCCACAUCCCGAUCUUCUGCUGGAUCCUCUCCACAGUUGUACAGAAGCUUCUGGAACAAACAAAGACACCAGAGCUGCCCCGCACUCUCACACAGAUGUACAUCCACUUCCUGGUGGUGCAGGCCAAAGUCCAGUACAUCAAGUAUCACCAGGGAUCAAGUGUAGACCUUCACUGGACUCCAGAAACCAAGGAGAUGGUGUGGUCUCUGGGUAAACUGGCCUUUGAGCAGCUGCAGAAAGGAAACCUGAUCUUCUAUGAGAGUGACCUGAGUGAGUGUGGGCUGGACGCUGCAGCGGCCUCAGUGUACUCUGGAAUGUUCACACAGGUCUUUAGAGAGGAGCCAGGCCUGUACCAAGACAAGGUUUACUGCUUCAUCCAUCUGAGUGUGCAGGAGUUUCUGGCUGCUCUUCAUAUCCAUCAAACCUUCUUCAGCUCUGGAGAGAAUCUAUUGAAACCACCACACUACUCUGAGAGUCCAGAGUCUGACCCUGUGGAGUCUCACGACUGUUCAGAUACAAAAAUCUUCUCUUUCUCCACCAAGAAACAAGACUUAGAGGCACAAGACUUCUACCGCUCUGCUGUAGACCAGGCCUUACAGAGUCCAAACGGACACCUGGACUUGUUCCUGCGCUUCCUCCUGGGGCUGUCUUUGCCGACCAAUCGGUCGCUGCUGCAGGGUCUGCUGCCUCAGACAAGAAAUGAAUGGACCAUUCAAAUGCCUUCUUUUACUAUGGAAGAGACCUGGAUGACUGAGCGCUUACGCAGUUAUUAUAAAAUGCAGCACAGUCUGUUUGGUCAACGGUUCAGUAGCUCCUGGACCAAUUUGGAGACAGUAAAGUUCAUCAAACAGAAGCUGAAUGAGGGUGUGUCUGCAGAGAGAAGCCUGAACCUGCUCCACUGUCUGAACGAGAUGAAUGACCUCAGCCUGAUGAAGGAGAUACAGAAGGUCAUGAAAGAAGGAAGCCUCUCUCAUAGAUGCAUGUCUCCAGCUGACUGGUCAGCUCUGUGCUUCCUCUUACUGUCCUCAGGCUCAGAGUUGGAGGAGUUUAAUCUUCAUGAGUAUUUUGCUUCAGAGGAUGUCCUCCUGAGGCUGCUGCCUGUCCUCAGAGUUUCAAACACAGCUUUAUUAAACUGCUGUAACCUGUCCUCUCACUGCUGUGGUCCUCUGGCCUCAGUCCUCAGUUCCUCCAGCCUCACACACCUGGAUCUCAGUGAAAAUGACCUUCAGGACUCAGGAGUGGAGCUGCUCUGUUCUGGACUGAAGAGUGCCCUCUGCAGACUGGACAAGCUCAGGCUGUCUGGAUGUCUGGUCUCACAAAGAGGCGGGGCUGCUCUGGCCUCUGCUCUGAGCUCCGCCUCCUCCCACCUGAGAGAGCUAGACCUGAGCUUCAACCAUCCAGGACCCUCAGCCGAGCUCCUGACCGCUCUACAGAAUGACCCACACAGCCCCCUGCAGUCUGUCAGGUUGAAGCCUGCUGGAGCUCGGUGGAUGAUCCCAGGUCUACAUAAGUAUCACACAGACCUGACUCUGGAUCCAGACACUGUGAAUGGGUUCCUGUGGCUCUCGGGCGAUCGAAGGACUGUGAAUUCAGUGAGGGAGGAGCAGCACCACCCACUCUCUUCUGAGCGAUUUGAGUGGCCGCAGAUCCUGAGCUGCUCUCCUCUGACUGGUCGCUGUUACUGGGAGGUGCAGUGGAGCGGGGGUAUUGUGGAUGUUGCCGUUAGUUACAGAGGAGUCCAGCGCAGAGGAGAGAGGAGAGAGUGUGAGUUUGGGAUGGACCAUCAAUCCUGGAGUCUCAGGGUCUCUCUCACUGGUUUUUCUGUGUGCCACAACAAACACGAAACAGUUUUGUCCUCCAGCACCACCUCUGCCCAACCCUCCCGGUCGCUCUCCUCUGGGCGGGUUGGCGUGCUCCUAGACUCUGACUCUCUGUCCUUCUUUGACGUCUCUUCGGGCAGUCUAGUCCUCCUCCACACUUAUGAAGUCACUUUCACAGAGCCUGUGUUCGCAGGCUUCUGCCUCUGGAACCCCGGCACCUCUGUGACUCUGGUGGAUGCAACACAGCGCCACCAGGGAGAACCUAUUGAUACCACAUCAGAUCCCUAAGUUUAGAUUCACCCGAUUUACACAUCUGAAUGCUGGACUGUAGAUGGACUGUAAGAUCAUCUCAGGUAUUUUAAAAUCAGAAAUGAAACUUGCACUUUUAUGGACAGUGUAGAAUGCCUCCACUUUAACCUGAGCUGAGACCAGUCACAACUCUCAAGUGGAGUUGGCUGUGUAACUGUCAGACUGCAGAUGUGUUGAACUUUGACCUGAUUUAUGAUUAAUAUCUGUAAUUAAUGGGCCUACUCAUAUAAAACAAAGUUCAGAGUCUUCUCUGUUGCCCAUACUCACCUGCUAUUUGGAACGCGGUUGCGAGCGGAUUAGCUAUCUCCAUUUCUAUAUACAGUCUAUGAGUUGAACCCCUUGUUAAACCUUGUUUAUAUAUUAUUUGGUUGAAUGUCAUAAUUUCAGCUUCUAAUGUUGUUUAAAUGCUUUGCCUGUUUUGUCUGUGUAAUGCCUCCGUUGACCAGGUCUGAUCCACAGUAAAAACCAAAGUCAAAUCUGUAAACUGGACAAAUCGUUGUAGGAGUGAAGACGUUUCGCUGCUCAUCCAAGCAGCUUCUUCAGUUCUGGUUGGAUUACUGGUGGACACUGCCUUAUAUCUAUCUGAAGGGAAGGGCUAACUACACUGAAACUGUAAACAGCUAUUGUCUCCAGUUUGAGCCUUAAUGACCUACAUUCAGCCUUUAAUGGGCCUACUGGCUCACUUUAUUCUUCUCUUUGUUUCCCUUGUUUGCUUUGGGUCUGAGGAUGGUGUAGGAGCCAUAUGAUGUGUUGGUUGCUAUGGCAAUGCGUAAGGUUCACGUGGGCAAGGGUGACGUACUGGGAGGUACAAAGGCACCGGGUUUCCUGCUGUCUGACAGGUGGAGAGGGGAGACGCCGGGUAGCCGUAUUUUUCGUUGACCGCUUUAUUUUUAUGCUUGUUACCAUACCAGUUUCUGUAGGCCUACAACUUACCAUCUUUGUAUGUGUAACCUGCUUAGACACUGUGGAACCAACUGAUUAAAACACCAUAAAACGCACUUCGUGAGUCAUUCAGUUCUUCCAAAUAACAGCGCGUCAGAUCGAGGUACUGGACCCGGACUCCUCUCGAAGCGACACAGGCAUAUGGUCACUACAGAUGGAGUUGUAUGUGGGAGAUAGGUGGUGUCUAAGGCCCCCAUUCUUGAUGAGCAAGGAUUGUCUUUCCUAACAAAAAUUGCUUUUUUUUAACUCCCCUCUCAAGCCAUUUCUUUUCUUUGGCUAAGAUCUGUGCCUCACUAUUUUCAAAGGAGUGGUUAGUGUCUUUGAGAUGGAGAUGUAUGGCGGACUGGGGUCCAGAGGAGCUCUCACGACAGUGUUGAUACAUUCUCUUAUGGACUGGCUGCUUAGUUUCUCCAAUGUUACGCUCACUGCACUCUUCACUACACUGAAUGGAGUAGCCCACAUUACUUUGUUUAUGGCCCUGGGUUUUGUCCUUUGGGUGAACCAGUUUCUGUCUUAAAGUGUUGGUAGGUUUGAAAAAGACAGGAAUCUCAUACUGUCUGAAAAUUUGCUGUGUAAGGAAUAAUUACACCUUUCCUUCUAGGUUCAGAUUUCCUGUUGUUUUGUUUUUUAGCUCUUAGAUCUAUUGAAGGCUCAUUUUGGAUAUCCACAAGAUGAGAGGGUUUUUGCCACAUGUUUUUUUUUUUUCACUUUUCCCUCUGUGUUAGUGGGAACCACUUGAACUCUGUGAUGUAGAGUACGGAUAACUCUGAGUUUGUGCUGCAGUGGAUGGUGUGAAUCAAACAUCAGGUAUUGGUCAGUGUGUGUGGAUUUCCUGAAGACUUCUACCUGGAGUCCCUGGUCCCUGGUCGUCUAUAGUUACUGCCCAAUCUAAGAAGUCUAGUUUGUUGUCCUUGGCCUCUUCCUGUGUGAACUUCAUGUUUGGAUCCACAGCAUUAACCCAGUAAAGGGUUCCAUAGGCCAUUAAGGCUGAAACUGUAAACAAAAGCUGUUUACAGUUUCAGUGUUGCUAGCUCCUCCCUUUAGAUAGAUAUAAGGCAAUGUCUACCAACACUCUGACCAGAUUUGAAGAAGCGGCCUGGAUGAGCAGCAAAACAUCUUGUUAAUGUUUUGUCCAGUCUUGUCCAGAUUUAACUUUGGCUUUUACUUUGACUUGUUUUCAUAAAUAAACUACGAC